UACACCACUACACUUUAUUAAAAGCACAAUAAUGGAAUAAACAAAAAAAUAAAAACAAAAGUAUCAAAGAAAAGCAAAUAGUUGCUGAUGCACAUAGAGUCAGAGUUUUCAUUGUAUUGAAUGCUGUUUGUUAGGCUUAAGCCCACAUCGUCGUCAUUAUUUUUCUGAACACUGUCGCUGACGUCGUCAUUAUAAACAACAUUAACAAAAGCAAAUCCAUUAAAAAAAAGAACUUCAUUGCGUGGAUGGAUGGAUGGUGGUGUUGACUUUUUAGUCUGCGAAGAUAUUCAGUGUAUUAAAAACAAAAUUUUAAAAUUCUAUUUGGAAAAAGAACGAAACAAUAAUAAUAAUAACAACAAUAACAAAAAAAGAAACAAAUGUUGACCAUGAAAAUGUUUGCCAAAUAUUUGUAUAAAUCGAUAAACAACUUAUAUGAGUUAAAACAAAAUUCACAAUUACUCUACUAAUACAAAUUUCAAAUAGUAAUAACAACAAAGAAAAUUCCUAAAAAAAAGUGAAAUAUUAAGUAAAAAAUUUCUCAAAAUAAAAAAAUACAAAAAACAAUUAUCGUUUUCAACAACACCUAAAGUUAAAAGAAUUUUCAACAUCACCAUUUUACCUUUAACGUCAAAAUGGAUGGUCAACGCGCUCGCGACAUACUCACAUUGUUGCAGGAGCGCGUCGUUUUCCUAACCGGUGGUCGUGAUCGUCGUGGUGGUCCUCUACUAUGUUUUCCGGCUACACCUAGACGUGAUCGUUUGAAGCCAGAUGACUUAAGGCGUCUUUUGAGUUAUCUUAUAAUGAUACCAAGUGAUUCGGCAAAAAAUUUGGGUUUCACUGUCAUUAUUGAUAUGCGCGGCAAUGGCAAUUGUUCGACAAAUGUCAAGGCCAUAUUGAAAGUGUUGCAAGAGCAUUUCAGUGCCAACAUACACAAUGUUGUCAUCAUAAAACCGGAUAAUUUUUGGCAAAAACAACGAGCCUCAAUAUCCUCACACAAAUACAAAUUCGAAACAUCAACUAUAUCGAUUGAAGCUCUAAAUAAGAUAGCCGAACCAAAUCAAUUGACUUCAGACUUUGAUGGCAAUCAAAUAUAUGACCAUCAACAGUGGACCGAUUCUCGUUUGGCCAUAGAGGAUUUCUUUUGGCAGGCUAGUGAUUUGGCCGAUCGUAUAGAUGAUUUACAGGAGGAUUUGCAACGUAAUGACUUUGCCGAAGAUGUUAAUGGUGCACGUCAUGCUCUAGAUCAUCAUAAUGAAAUGAAAAAGAAAAUACUCAAAUUACCGAUUGAGGAUUUGGAUGUACAGGGCAAGAAGUUGUUGACAAAGAUUAACAUGAGCAGUGGCUGCAGUGCAGGAGCGGGUGCCAGUGGUGGUGAUUGUGGUGGCAGUGAUUCUGGUACUUCUUCACAGUCUCGUGUACCCACUAAUAAUCCCGAUAUGUCGGCCGCUAUCAGCAAGGCCUUAAGGCAAAUUGAUCUUAUACACUCUGGCCAGCAGCGUUUACUUACCUUGUGGCAGCAUAAAAAGGUGAAACUAGAUCAAUGUUUCCAGUGGCGUUUGUUUGAACAGGAUUGUGAGAAAAUGUUCGAUUGGAUUUUACACAAUAGAGAUGUUUUUCAAAUGUCUUAUGUGGAAAUUGGUCACAACUAUUCAGUGGCCAAAUCAUUACAAGAUGAACAUCAAAAAUUUGCGGUAGCCUCUAUGAAUGUCUCGGUGAAUAUUGAUCGUAUUUUGGCCGUUGCCUCUAGACUUAUAGAAAGUCAACAUUAUGCCGCACAAAAUAUUAAAACUUUGGCUACACGUUUAGAUCGCACCUGGAAAGACUUUGCUGCUGGCUUAGAUGAGCGUACUGCUGUGCUUCAACUAAGUGUGCUAUUUCAUCAUAAGGCUGAACAGUAUUGCAAUAGUGUGGCAUCUUGGGCUGCUGCUUGUCAGGCUUCGCAACCAUUGCCUUCGGAUAUACAAAGUCUCGAAACGGCUAUACGUACUCAUCAGUCUUUGUACGAGGCCAUGUGUCAGGCUUAUACCGAAGUUCAUUCUACCAGCAAGAAAUUACUUUAUCAAUUGGAUCAUUUAGUGCAGGUGUGUAAUCAACCUCCUCCCCCUGGUGUUCCAGAUCACCGUAAAAAUAGUACUUACAACAAAUAUGGUCGUCAAAAUCCAGCUGCUGAUUAUAGCGAAGGAGCUUCGCAUGUUCUGGCUGUAAUACAUCAGAUACUGGGUCAUCAUCGCUCAUUGGAAUCCAAGUGGCAUCAAGAAAAAAUACGUUUGCAUCAAACUUUGGCUCUUAGACUGUUUCAGGAGGAUGUAAAACAGGUUCUGGACUGGCUCAAGAAUCAUGGUGAAGUGUUUGUACGUAAAAAUACUGGAAUUGGUAGAAAUCUACAAAAGGCUCGCGUUUACCAAAAGUCCCAUGAACAUUUCGAGAAUGUGGCCCAAAAUACCUAUAGUAAUGCUGAAAAACUGUUGGCAGCAGCGGAUGAACUGGCACGCAGUGGUGAGGCAGAUCCCAAUGAAAUUUACUCCGUAGCCCAUGAAUUGGAAAUACAAGUUGCUAGUUUUGCCGAACGGGUGGAACAGAGGAGAAGGCGCCUCGAUAUGGCUGUCAUUUUCUAUACACACGAGAAGGAGGUAACUGCCUGGAUUGAUCAAUUAAGGGCAGAUGUUUCCACAGAUGAAACCAUGUUAUCGCAAGAAAAUCUCGAAGGCAUAGAAAGACUUUUGCAACAAUAUAGAGAUCAGCAGGAUAACACGGUUAAAGGCUGUAUGCAAACAAUUGCUCAAGGAGAGGCACUUCUGCAAGAAAUGAGAUCUUUAGAGUAUUCAGACAACACAGGUUCCCUAUCGGCUUUAGAGGCGGCUUUGGAAAAGCUGUCAAAACAAAAAAUAGAACUGGAGGAAUUAUGGUCGGCACGCAAGUUCCGAGCAGAUUUAAUAUUGCGUUUGCGUUACUUUGAACGUGAUGCCAUGGAACUAUCAUCGCAGCUGGAAAUAUGGUCUGAAGAACUGCAGCAUGCAGAUCUAUCACGUGACUACCAAAAAGCCGAACAACUAAUACGCAUGCACAACGAAUCGGUUAGUGACAUACAAAAUGCCACCUAUGAAGUGCUCGAGCAGGGACAGGAGCUUUUGCAAAUGUUUGAAUCUGCUGGUUUUAUUUCCAUGGCAGAUGCCACCCACACAGCUCAAGCUCGCAUAGAAUAUUUGUUAAACUUUUUGCGUGAACGUGAAAUUGAUCUUGAAGAGUUGUCGGAGGCCAAACGCGCUAAACUAGAACAGGCUGUGCAACUGUGUCAGUUUCAAAAUGAUGCCAAUCAAGUUAUUUCUUGGAUACGCAACGGUGAGGCCAUGUUGGUGGCCAGUUUUGUUACACCCAACAGUUUGCAGGAGGCAGAGCAAUUGCGUAAAGAACAUGAACAGUUUCAGGUAGCUAUUGAAAAGACACACACUUCUGCCGUACAAGUCAAAUACCGGGCCGAUGCUUUAAUCAAUGCCAAUCACUAUGAUCCACAAUCCAUACGUGAAAUAUCCGAUGAUGUCACAAAAAAGUGGCAACAAUUGGUUACAUAUGCCGAAGAACGUCAUAAACUGGUCACAGCCUCCAUAAACUUUUAUAAAACUGCCGAACAGGUCUGCUCAGUGUUAGACAGUUUGGAAAGGGAAUAUCGCCGUGAAGAUGACUGGUGUGGCGGUGGCGGCUCCAGCGAUAAAGCCCAAACAAUUGUGCAACUAAUCUCCAAGCAUCAAGAACAAAAGGAAGCUUUUCUAAAGGCCUGUACCCUGGCGCGCAGAACAGCGGAAACUUUCCUCAAAUACGCCAAUCGAUCACAACAGUACUACGAAUAUCAAUCUCAAGGCAAUUGUGAAAAUCGUGUAAAAACCAUUUUAGACAAGCUGCUUACUCAGGAAAAUCAAGUGCUGGAAUUUUGGACACAGCGUAAAAAGUCAUUGGAUCAAUGUCAACAAUUUGUACUCUUUGAGAGAAGUGCCAAACAGGCCAUCGAAUGGAUACAUAAUACAGGCGAAGCCUAUUUGUCAUCACGCACUAAUCUGGUGGGUAAAACUCGUGAAGAAACCGAAGGUUUGCUCAAAGAGCACAACGAGUUUAGGGGCACAGCAAAGGAGACAAGAGAACGUGUUAAGCUACUAAUACAAUUGGCCGAUAGUUUGGUGGAAAAGGGACAUGCUCAUGCGAGUUCCAUAAAGCAAUGGGUUGCAUCUGUUGACCAAAGGUACAAAGAUUUUAGCAACCGCAUGGAUUCCUAUAGGGAACAAUUGGAAAAAUCGUUGGGUAUGUCUAUGGUAGCAGAAUCUGAUGCCAACACUUCUAUUAGUUCCAUAACCGGUUCUUCUACAUCAACCGACCGACACUCAGAUCCUACACUUGAAGCAAAAUUGACCACCUCUACUACAGUAGCGGCCAAAGAAAUUAACGAAGAAAAACGCAAAUCGGCACGCAGAAAAGAAUUCAUUAUGGCUGAACUUAUGCAAACGGAAAGAGCAUAUGUUAAGGAUUUAGAGACAUGCAUUAAAUGUUUCCUUGAAGAAUUUCGUUCAGGCCAAGGUGCUCCGGCAGCUCUUUCGGGCAAGGAAGAUAUUAUUUUCGGCAAUAUACGAGAAAUCUACAAUUUUCAUCAUAAAAUAUUUCUACGUGAACUGGAGAAAUAUGAAACUAUGCCGGAAGAUGUGGGCCAUUGUUUUGUCACCUGGGCCUGUAAGUUCGACAUGUAUGUACACUAUUGCAAAAACAAACCAACAUCGAAUAAUAUGCUAGUACAACAUGCGGGCACAUUUUUCGAUGAAUUACAACACAAACACAAGGUAGAACAUCCCCUGCCGGCUUAUCUAAUCAAACCCGUACAACGUAUUACCAAAUAUCAACUGCUACUCAAAGAUUUACUCUCCUGCUGUGAAGAAAGUCAUGGUGAAAUAAAGGAAGGUCUUGAGGUUAUGUUAAAUGUUCCGAAAAAGGCAAAUGAUGCUAUGCAUUUGUCUCUACUCGAGAACUGUGAUGUUUCCAUAGAUGGUUUGGGAGAGGUUGUUUUACAAGAUGCAUUCCAAGCCUGGGAUACUAAGCAAUUGAUAAGAAAGGGAAGAGAAAGGCGGGUAUUCCUAUUCGAUAUGUAUUUAUUGUUUGCUAAAGAAGUCAAAGAUUCGAAUAAUUCAGUAAAAUAUCAAUUUAAAAGCAAGCUAAUGACUACAGAUCUUGGCAUUACGGAACACAUUGAAGGUGAUGAGACUAAAUUUGCCGUUUGGACUGGUAGAUCACCCAUGCUAUCCGACUGUCGCAUUGUACUUAAAGCCAAUAGUUUGGAAACAAAACAAAUUUGGACUAAGAAACUGCGAGAAGUAAUGCAAGAAACCUGCUUCUCUAGCACCUCACUUACUUUACCCAAAUCUCCAGCGAAGAAUUCUGGUUCUUCUCAACGUUCAUCGAGAGAUCUAGAUGAUCCUAUGACCGAGAAUGAUCCUGAUCGAUGUUCUCUGGCUAGUUUUGGUUCUGGUAAUACAACUGACAGUGACAAUAAGAUUGGUACACAUGAAGCUACUUGGGUUAUAUCCGAUUACAUUGCUUCGCCUGGAUCGAAUGAACUUAGUGUUAGUAAAGGACAACAAGUUGAAAUAGUUGAACCGCCUACAGCAAAUGAACCAGAUUUCUGUGUAGUACGUCUCAAUCCACAGAGUGAUGAUGCGGCUGUACAGGAAGGUUUAGUGCCAGUAUCUAUAUUAAAACCACCACCUGGUUCUCAAAAGACAAGCUCAAAUCGUAAAGAUAAAGGUGAUGUCAUACAAGACCAAACCAAUAAUCGUAGUAAACCAGAUUCCCUUACAUCGUCCACUAAAAGGAGAGGCCUUGGAGGGCGCAAGUGGCUACCGCAGAUUGGUCGUAAACCAACGCAAAACAAAGUGGAAAAAACACCCGAAAAGUUAUUGGUCAAAAAAUUAUCCGAGAAAAAUUUCAAGUUGCCACCGAAACAAGCAGAAGAUCCCAACACAUCACAAUUGGCCUCAGCUAACACAACAUCACAGCUUAAUAUAUCACAACAGGACUAUGAAGCUGAAGAGGAGGUUGGUCUUGAAUUACCGCCCCCCAUGAAACCCAUACAAGAGCCACAUUUGAUGUCAAAUGGACCGCCAACCUUUACAAAAGACAUGAAGGAUAAUCCAUCGGCAAUGGCCAGUACCGGUAAAAUGGAUGGACUCUCAGAAAUUGAACAAAUUGUAAAAGAAAAAACGGAAAAACAUGAAGAGAAAUCGAAAAUUUUCAGUGAAAGCAAUGUCCGUAAUACAAGUAUUGGUGUUGGUGCAGGAGGCGGCAAUAGCAGUAGCAGCAGCUGCAGUGGCGUUGCUGGUGGCAUCAAUGCAAGCGAAAACGCCGAAUUUGUUUAUCCCAACAGUGAUAGCGGCGUCAAGGCAGAAAAUAAUGGCGAAAACACACACACCGAAGCCAGUGAUAAUGAAUCUGUACAAAAGCACAGAUUUCCGGCACUAGCCGAACUUUUAUCGACGGAAGAAAUGUACAUAAAGGAUUUGGGCGAUAUUGUCAAUGGGUACAUAAUGGAAUUGAGGAAUGUGAAUAGUGAUAUACCAUUGCCAAACGAUUUAAAGGGGCCCAAAGGACAAAUAGUUUUUGCUAAUAUAGAAGCCAUUUAUGAAUGGCAUAGAGAUUAUUUCUUAAAGGCCUUAAUACAAAGUCAGAAAACACCAACCGAAUUGGGAUCAAUGAUCAAACGUUAUGCCAAUAAAUUUCAAAUGUACAUCACAUAUUGUAAUAAUAAACCAAAGUCGGAGCAUAUUGUAACCGAACAUGCCCAAUACUUUGAUUUGGUGCGACAGAAAUUGCAUCAUCGUUUGGAUUUGAGUGAUUUGUUAAUAAAACCCGUGCAAAGAUUAACCAAAUAUGUUUUAUUACUACACACCAUAACCAAACAAAUCGAGCAGGCUGGCCUAGUCGAAGAUGUACCCAUUAUGAAGGAGGCCUGCAAUGUUAUGAAUGCCAUUUGCAAAGAUGUUAAUGAUAUUAUGGUCCUGCGUCGCCUUAAAAAUUUCGAUGGCAAUAUAACAGCCCAAGGUAAAUUGCUACUGCAUGGUCCUUUAACUUGCAUUGAGAAUGGCAAAAAUACCGCUGAGGGCAAAAUGCGUGAAUUGCAUGUGUUCCUGUUUGAACAAGGCAUUUUCUUUACUGAAAGACACAAUUCUAAAGUUCAAUUUUCCAGCCCAACCUACAUUUAUCGUUCACACAUUCAGGUCAAUAAAAUGCAACUGGAUGAGUGGCCCAACAAUCGUUUUCUCCUCAAAUCAACCGAUCCCAAUCGUCCGGAUUUAAAUAUGAUUUGUUAUGCCGCCACCAUUGAUUCGCAUCGUGAAUGGCUCGACACCAUACGCAAACAGUUGCAAUUUCAAAAUGAUUUUCUCAACGCCUUAAUACGACCCAUCGCCUAUCAACAACAACAGCAACAACAACAAACAAAACACAAUCAUAGCGAAUUAAAACAUGAACACAGUCGAGAGCAGCUAUAGCCAGAUGAUUAGAAACUAAUUUUUUGUGUUAAAAAUUAAAUUUAUAGACAAUUCUUUACAACAGUAAACACAGUGUACUAAGCAUAAUCCAGUGAAGUCAAAAAAAGGAAAUUAAGAAAAAUUCGAAUUAAAAUCUUACUACUCUGGUAUCCUAGAAACAAAAACAAAAAACAUAAUAAUAAAGAGAGACAAAAUACAAAAUUAUUAAAUUAACAAAAAAAAUACACAUAACUUAACAUAAGCAAACAUUAUGUGUGUGUGCUCAGUUAUUUAUAUACUCAGUUAAUGUGUAACAAUCUACAAAUUAUGAAAAGAACAUUGAUAACAAACAGACAAACAAACAUACAUAUAUUUUUAGCAAAAGUAAAUUGUAAUAUACUAUAUAUAUAAAUACAAUACAAAAAACAAAAACAAA